AUGUUGGACAUAAAGUCUUGGGCUGAAUUUGUUGUGAGGUGGGCUGCAAAGGACCCAGUUGGUUUCCUUACAGCAGUUUUUCUGGUCCCUAGUCCACUGUGCCAUGCAAGUGCCCUUUUGUCCUGGAAAUUGACCAAAGCGAUUGAAGCCUGGGAGAAGGUGCAAAUGAAGAAACAAAACUGUCAAGAAUACAUUGCAAAUGCUGAACGACUGAAAAAAGAUUGA